AUGUGGAAACGGGGGAGGCAAGGAGGAUCGGCCCGGCCGCCUUUCCCGGGGUCCCCGGGCUGCCAGGGGGGAGCAGAGGGAGUCCCUGUGGAGGUCCCGCCAGGCUCUGUGGCAGGGCACCCACCGCCCCCCGCCUCUCCUGCCGACAGGGCCGCCCUCUCCCUUCUGCGGCCCGAGAGCAGCCCUCAGGCCCGGCUGCCGGGAGCGCGCGGAAGGAAGGACGGAGUGCCGGGGGCGCCUCUGCCUGACGGGACGGGGGCCCCCAAGCUGACAGCAGGGGCUGAACGCCAUCUCUUCGGCAAAGGCGUCUCUCCCGGAGACCAGCCCCACGGCGUCCUGAGGGAACGACGGGGCAUCACUGAGCCCUCCCGGGGGGGGGCUCGUGGGGCUCCGCGUCCGCGGAAGGUGCCCUCGUCCAUCCUCACGGCUUCCCACGCAGUCGCCACGGGGCCCGCCCCCCUCCCUUCUUCUGACCCGAGGCCGCCGCCUCAGCCCACGGCCACCACGGCCACCACGGCCCCGGGGCGCCAGGCAGAGCCGUCAGGAGACGGAGAGGGGCCCCGCGGCCCACAGCCCCGCCCGAGUCGGCUCAGGGCGGACAGCCAGCCGGGCGGGGCGGGCGCCCGCGGGCCCCCGGUGCGGACUGCGAGGCCCCCUCGGCCCUCCACGAGGGUCCCCCUUAACAGCCGGCAGGGCCAGGACCCCCCCUUUUCUGACCCGAGUCCAGCCCCGACGGACAGGGCCCCGGGCCCUGACGCUCCUGACACGGAGGCCCAGGGAGAACACCUCCGAGGCCCGGCCUGGGCUGCCCGGGGCGCCGCGCAGGGCGGGCGGGGGAAUGCGGAGAGCGGCCCUCGGGCCUUCCUCCCAGUCCUCACCUCCGCGCUGGCCGGCUAG